UCCUUUGCCAAUAUCGUAGAAUCCUUAUUUCAACUCAAGUUCACUGCUAAACAACUUCAAAAACAAUCUCGUAAAGCUAGCAAAGAUGAGACCACGGAAAAGGCAAAGCUCAAAAAGGCGCUUCAACAGGGCAACAUUGACGGAGCACGUAUCUAUGCUUCCAACGCUAUCCGAAAGCAUACGGAAUCGCUCAACCUACUUCGACUUUCGUCUCGAAUUGAUGCCGUGAGCAGUCGUGUUGAGACGGCGGUGACGAUGCGAAGUCUCACUGCUAACAUGACUGGAGUGGUCAAAGGCAUGGACCGGGCAAUGUCCAGUAUGAAUUUGGAGCGGAUCACGAUGGUGAUGGAUAAGUUUGAAUCACAAUUUGAUGACCUUGACCUACAAACCGGCUAUAUCGAGUCUGCGAUUGGUCAUACCACUGCAACCAGUACUCCACAAGAUCAAGUCGAUUUACUGAUCCAAAGUGUUGCCGAUGAGGCCGGUCUCGAGGUUCAACAUGGGCUUGGUGCUGUCACUGCACCCACCUCAACCCUCGGCGAAGCCACUCUCACCAAAGAUACUCCCAGUGCGAUCACGGCUAAUGAAACUCAAGAAGAUGCGCUUGCUCAGCGACUUAGGGCGCUCAGG